GACGUCUAUAAAUGUGUCUGUGGUGAUUUCAGCAGCAGCACUGAUCAUCAGAUCAUCAGCCAGCAUCAGCUUCCAGGAAGACAGGUCUCCAAUCACCAGCUGAGCACCAUGAAGAAGCAGAUCCUCUUUGUGACUCUGGUCUGGGCUCUCUGCAGUACAGGCCCAACUCCAGCAGCAGCCCAAACAACAACGAGAUCCAUCACUCCAACCACAACCACAACUGCUGCUCCAACCACAAGGACCACAACUCCAACCACAACUGCUGCUCCAACCACAAGGACCAACACUCCAACCACAACUACAACUGCUGCUCCAACCACAAGGACCACAACUCCAACCACAACUGCUGCUCCAACCACAACCACAACUGCUGCUCCAACCACAAGGACCACAACUCCAACCACAACUGCUGCUCCAACCACAAGGACCACCACUCCAACCAUAACUACAACUGCUGCUCCAACCACAAGAACCACCACUCAAACCACAACCGAUACACCAACUACGACCACAACCACUGCACCAUCAACAACAACUACAUUUUCUACAACAGGUACCACUGAGCCACCACCUCCUGAACCCAGCACUACGCCAACAACAACAGAAGCAUCUCGUGUUUAUUCACCGACUCCUUGCUACAACCCAGACAACAAUCUGCUGGUCCAGCAACAAGUGGAGUUGUAUGCACAGCAACAACUAGUGGUCGAGCAACAGCAGCUGUUCUACCAACAGCUGCAACUGUUGGUUCAGCAACAGCAACAGUUGUCUUCACUGCAACAACUGCUGUUCCAGCAACAACAAGCCUGUUGCAACAGCCCAGUUCAAUAAUACUAAGAAUACACAUUAGGCUUAGGUAGUCACACAACGAAAGAUUUGCUGCUUUUCAAUCUCUGUCAUGAUCUUUUCUGAUUUUGCCAUAAACUGUAGCAGAGGAUGUUUUGUCCUGUACAAAGCCUUUAGGUUCUUUUUCGGAUCUUUACUGUAAUACUAUGACUCUGAAGGUGUAUUACAUUGCUGUGUAUAAAAGCACUACAGUACAAAAAUAAAAUCUAACUGAA